AUGGAGACAUUGACAAGAAGAUACGGAGAGACGUUCCUGUCCAUGACCAAGGUGCAGUUCGUGCUAACGGUGCCGGCGGUAUGGUCAGAUAGUGCCAAAGACGCAACAUUGAAGGCAGCGGAGAAGGCAGGCAUGGGCAGCGGGAAGGAUCUCAAGUUGAUUAGUGAACCUGAGGCGGCGGCCGUGUAUACGCUGAAGGCUAUCCAACCUAAUAACCUGAAAAUUGGGGAUAAUUUCAUUGUAUGUGAUGCUGGUGGCGGCACCGUCGAUCUUAUCGCGUACAAGAUCACACAGCUUAACCCUCUCCGCGUCGAAGAAUCCGCCGUAGGCACUGGAGGACUAUGCGGCUCCGCCUUCCUCAACUACCGCUUCGAAGAUCACGUAAAGAGCCGCAUAGGCACAGAGCGCUACACCAUGAUGCGUGAAAAGAAAGCGAAGACAUGGAACAUGGGCCUCAAGUACUUUGAGGAAUUUGUAAAGCGCAACUUCAACGAGGAGGAAAACGCCGAAGUCAACGUGCCCUUUCCUGGUCUCCCAGACGAUGAGGAAGCGGGGUUGGAUUCUGGGUUCCUUGUCAUGAGUACUGAGCAGGUCAAGGAGAUCUUUGACCCUGUGGUCCAGGAGGUUAUUUCGUUAGUCGAAGGCCAGGUGCAGACAAUACGAGCUAAAGGGGGCUUGGUAUGUGGUAUAGUGCUCGUAGGCGGAUUCGGCCAGUCCAACUACCUUUACAGCCGGAUGAAACAUCAUUUCAACAGUGCGCCUCCGCCGCCGUACACGGAGAGACCGACGCAUGCGGUUGCAUUGAGCGUCGUCCCAUCAAUAGAAAUCUUCCAUCCAAUUCAUUCCUGGACUGCAGUAGUAAGAGGCGCCGUGUUGAGGGGGUUAGAAGGCAGUAUGGUCGUUAGUCGGAGGAGUCGGUGGCACUAUGGGACGAGUUAUGCGACUGUGUUCGAUGAAGCGAAACACCCGAUUGAGGAUCGGUAUUGGUCGCCAUUGUGGGAGAGGUGGAUGGUGUCGGAUCGAAUGCAGUGGCAUAUAGCAAAGGGCGCACAAGUCUCCGACUCAUCUCCCAUUUCCUUCCACUACACGCGCAACUUCCGUCCUGGCCAGUCUUUAGUCGUGGAAGACGACCUCAUCGCAUGCGACGCUGACGUCGCGCCGGACUCUUUCCGGAAGGGCCUCAUCAACGUUUGCACGCUGACGACUGAUUUGAACACCGUACCUAAGAGCCUGUUCACGAGACUGACGACGACGAAGGGUGUGGAGUUUGACAAUCUAGACUUCACGCUGGAUAUGAGGAUUGAGUCUGCGGGUCUGGUGUUUGAAUUGAUGGUGGAUGGGGCGCCCACGCAUUCGGCGCCAGACAUAUCCGCGAAACAGCGGGGUCGACCUCCGCAAUCGAGCAACGACAAAGUCACCAAACGUCGAGGCCGGCCGUCGGGCAGUCGCAACUUACUUCCCACAAGCAGACGCGGCCCCAAACCCAACGCCGGAAAGGGGGCAUCCAGUCGAAAGACAAAGACAACUACCCAGAAUCAAAUAUCUGGCGCAAAGAGGAAGAGAGCAGCGGGCGAGGAGCAUGAUGGCGAACGGGCAGCAAAGAAACCAGGACGGCCAGCGCGCGUGAGCCAUGCGGGUACGGAUGAGGAGGAAGUGGAUGAGCUUUCGUUUAUUCAAGCGGAAGCCAUCCCCACGGCGGUGCGAGGGCACAACCGAGGACGAAUGGAUCAGCCAAGUUCAGCAAGAAAACGUGGACGACCUUCACGAAAUCGUAACGAUGAAUUGCUCGACCGUGACACUGACAAAGCAUCUGCGCAGCAGAGCAAAGCGCAAAACUACGUGCAGCUAGCACCGCGCACAAGGAGGAUUGCGCGGGAAGUGAUAGAGACUUGGCCGCAUGUCUCACCACAAGUCUUGGAAUACAUCCUUGAAACGUUGAGGGAUGCAAAGAAGGACAUAGUCAAUACACAACGGGAUGAACAGAGGGCAUUUGCUGCAGAUGAAACUUUGGGUUCUAUCAUUCGAAUGCUUGCACGUCAGCUGUCGGGUUCACGGAUCCCUCCCCAAGCCAAAGACGUCCACUUCAAUAUCGACAAGCUCACUGAGCGCCAUGCACAGCUCUUCCGAGAAUUGACAACAGCGCGCCAUUCGCACCAACUGCUCGCCGAACAAGUGAAGGUGGCUCAGCACCUCCUCAAGAAGGACCAAGAGAGCUUGGAGCAGCUGAGGAAGAAUGCACGUGAUUGGAAGACGACGUGGAAGCAACAAGAGAAGCAGGGUCGGAUGCAUCCAUUGCUGAAGGACCUGGAGAGGAAUAGCAUGGGCGAUAGACCUCAGGAUAUUGGCUGGAAGCAAAGCAAGGUAGUGGAUGUCACGAUGCUCGAUACCCCUGAUUCCGACCUCGCACCGCAUCUCGAACAACUCGGGCGGAGCCUAGAGUCGAUGCAGGGUAACCACGAGCAAGUGGACGGCAUCGACGUUGGCAUGAGGAAUGCGCAAGUGGCGCUGGACGAUGUGCUUUUCAAACACGCCAGCGCAGAGGAAUAUGCCACGCUAUGA